AUGGGAAGUGUCAGCCACCAGGCUUCUGCUGUGAAGCGAGCGCCCCCUGUCCGCAUCGAUCCGGACGAGCUCCCCGCACGGGAGAAGUUCCGACUCAUGCAGUCCCUGAACCUGGAAGCCGCCUGCAUCCCCAAGCGGUUGCUUUCCGAUCCUCAGAAGUUCGCCCGCGUCUCUGAGCUCUUCCAGCCGUUCUGGGCAGACCCCAGCUACCAGGAUAUGGUCAUGCUGCGCCGGCUGAGGCGGCAACAGAACCGAGAGAGCAGCAACGAGCACACAGAGCACAUGGAGCGCCAGCGCAUGGGGCGCGAGGAGCGCGAGGGGCAGCAGAGGGCAGAGGCAGAGUCCAUACCACAAGAUUGA